AUGUCCAUGUGGGGUAGCGUGGGGCUCCAGGAAUCACGUGAUGUCCUAAUUAUCAUACCCAAGUUGCAAAAAGUCAAAAGUCGAGAUGAAGAUGAAGAUGAUGUUAAUACAAUGACUCAAGUGAUAACCUUGUAUAGGAGCUUCCUUCAACAUUUACAACUACUACCUGAUCCUCAUAUAUGGUGGGUACUCGUCCCACGGUAUAGGUCACUACUUCAAUCGGCAUCACCGGAGCGGAAAGGAGAAAGCUCGAGUCAUCCGCUGACGACAUGUUCAACUUCGAAAGAGUCGAAAAAGUUACGUCUGGCAAGAAAGGAGCUUCGACAGUUGAAGGCCGCUGUGAGCUGUCAUCCUCAUGCUCUAACCAGAUUGUUGGAGGAUGUGUAUGGGCAGAGGGAGAAGGGAAGGUUUUUGUUGCUCAAUAAUGUCCGUCGAUCCUGGCUUUACCAUCAUCCGAAUUAUCCACCCUCAACCAUCCCUCCCCCUCUCAUUCCCCUCCUUCCACCCCCUGCGGAAAUACCUGUCCCCACUGCUCGAGCACGUACCGCCAUUCCACAGACAGCGAUAAGAAAGGCAGAGAAGAGGAGGUUAAAGAGGGACUGGGAACAAGUCAAAGUACCCCUAGUGCUCCCUCCUAUGGGUAGCUCGUACCAACCUCAAUCGAUCUCAGCAUCACCAUCAUCAUCACCUCCUCUAUCUCUCUCACAACUUACCCUUCCGUCACUCACCGCCCCAUCACAUGAGAUAAUCAACGUCCUCCCCGACUUCAACGCCGAGUCAAAAGAAACGAGUAGUGGAGGCGUGGGCACAGGCUGGGAAAACAGAAACAUCCCCGAAUCUCUCUACCUCUUAGCUUCUCCACCAUCCACGUCACGUUUCUCUCCAAGAUCUCUGCCCACAUUCCAAAAUCUCAUACUCGAUUACCCCCAUCUCGCCAGAAUAUUCCCUAAAACGAGAAAACGGAGAAAGGUGAAAUGUCCUUUGCCCCGACCGGGGGAGACUAGGCAGAACCCUCGGACAUGGAGUAGACCUAUAGAAUUGAGCGAUAGGUUGUUGAAGAGGACUUAUGGACGAAUAUGGGAGAAGACGGUUUGGGUGAAACCUACUUGGAGUGUUCAAAAGUCAGGGAGGGAUCCGGGUGUGCUUAAUGAUGGAAGAGAGAGGGAAGAGCAGAUAGGAAAGGAGAUGGAGGAGAAAUGGGUGGAAUGCGGAUGGGAAGAUGUUCGCUCUUUGCUGAGUUUAUCUUCACGGGGACUGGAAGGAAAUGGAGCGAGACAUAUUUCACGGAGUGGUACGUCGGAAAGUCGGGAAGAUGACAAUGAGAUGGGGCAAGACGGGACGGCAGGCAUCUUUGUGAGUAGACUUGGGGAAUGCGAUGAGCCGGAGAAGAUGUUAAUCGAUGCUAGGAGUCAUGGUGGGAGAUGGAGCAUCAUGACUCCUGAAGAACAACAAUGGGUGAGUACAGAAUGA